AUGGACUGGAUUGAUCCUCACCUCCGCAAGGUGCUCUAUUCAGCAGUUGUUGCUGUCGUAUCCAUCUGUGGCCAAUUCACUACUGUCCUUAUGGCUACUAAAACAUCUACCGCUACCCCAGGUAAACCAAAGGCACAGUGGAAUGUAGCAGAGACCAAUGCCCUUCUCGCCCAUCUGCUCAAGAACAUCUCCAAGGCUGGGGAUAGCAGGAAUUUCAAGAGUUCUAUCUUUACUUUGGCAGCAACUGCCCUUGUGACAGCCAAUCUACUAACUGCAAGCCCUCCAAAGACAAAUAAAUGCUGUAGAAAUAAAUGGAACUUGCUCAAAGGGACAUAUCGGGAAAUUCAAAACUAUCGGAACAUCUCAGGAGCUCAUUGGGACAAUGUCAAAGGUGCUGGAAUAGAAAGAGAGGCUGCAUUGGAGGUAUUCAACAGCUACAUUGGAUCAAGUACAACCCACAGUUCAUUGCGGCAAUUUGCCAACAAUGGGUGGAUAUUCUAUGACAAGGUAGCUGAAAUUCUGCCGCAUGGCACUGGUGCCCAGGGCAGCCAUGCAUUUCAUCCAGCUGCAGCUGCAGCUCCAGUACUGGUCGAUGACGAUCCUGGACCUAGACCUGGAGCUCAGAAUAUCAUUACUGCUGCUGUCGCAACCGUCGCUGCCAGUACAAAUCUUCUUGCUGCCACUAUAGAAACUCCCUGCAAUACCAACUUCACUCCCCCCAUUUUCUAA